AUGGGGAAUUUAAAAUCAUCUACAAUUGCUUAUGCAGCGGGGAAAAACUUCAAGACGGGUAUCAUUCAUCCAGUCGUUUCCGGAAUGGUGCAAGCUUCCAAAAACAAAGUUGGGGCUUGGCUUCUGAUCUGUGCUGCUGGAUGUUAUAUGGGUGUGAGUAUGGGUGGCUUGACGCGCUUGAAUGAAGCUGCUAUGAAAAUGACUGACCGUCAUCCGUUCACAUGGAUUCCGCCGUUCGGACACUGGGAUGAAGAAUUUGAGAAGUACAAGAAAUUUGAUGAGUACAAAAUGCUGCCGACAGAAGAGCGACAGGAAUUAACUCUAAACGAGUUCAUCUUUCGCUGGCUCCUCGUCUAUUUCCACCGAAUCGGUGGAAGAAUGCUUUUCUUCGUCUUUUUCAUUCCGUGUGGCGUCUUCUGGUAUAAAGGCUACUUUACUAGUCUCCUGAAGCGCCGAAUGUUCAUGGCUGGUCUGCUCAUGUUCUUGCAGAUCCCUUUGGGAUGGUACAUGUUAAACAGCGGUCUUCACCGUGAGCUCAUGGCCAAUAAGAAGAAGCCUGGAGUCAGCCAGUAUCGCAUGGCUUUUCAUCUAAUCGACCCGUUUCUCAUGUUUGGUAUCUUCUUCUACAAUGCCUUGUCAUUACUUUUGCAGCCACAAAACCAUUGCAAUGUCGCCAAAAUCGGAAACGCACGCCUUUUUGGAAAGAUUCUGAUUGGACUACUGCUGGUGGGCUCCUUCAUGGGCAGUUUUCUCACAGCCCUCGAUGCGGCUGAACCGGAAUACGCGAGAGCUUGGUUCCCCGACGAUUUAUGGGUUUUGGUGCCGAAGUGGAGGAAUCUAUUCGAGAACCCGGUCACAGCCAAUUUUGUACACAGAUAUUUGGGAUACGCCACUUUUGCGAUGAUCAACGUGACUUUUUUCUACAGUCGCCGUUUGUGCCUUCUCCCUCGUGCCAGUUUGGCUCUCAAGGGCAUCAUGGCUCUCGGAUACAGUCAACUUUUCCUUGGUAUUAUCACAAUGUAUUUCCGCGAUCCUCCAGUCGUCGCUUGGCUUCAUCAGAACUUUGCCUUGCAUCUGUUCAGCGCCAUUCUUUGGUUUGCUCACGAAAUCCGCCCACUUCCUUUG